CGAAAACUCAGCUACCAUGGAAAAAUAUAUUGUUACAUUCAUGAUCAGAGUCGUUCGCCAUAUGACCUGAGUUGUGUCAUAGAUCCGCUCAUCUGGGGGUUCACGAGCGCAAGUCUAAGAGACCUACGAUGCAGCAACCGGUGGUUCCCGCUUGGAAGAGACUCGGAUUGAAACUCAAAUAUGCGAAUGAAAAGCCCGAAUCUGUUGGCGAGUCAAGACCGAAUGGACUUGCAUCUACCAACCAAGGCUUAGAGACUACAGCCCCUGCAAAGGAGCUGCCAAACUCAGAUGGCCCUCCAAAGAAGAAAAGAAAGGUCACCUCAGGAACCGAAAAGCAUCUGCUAGCCGACUCGGAGCAUCAAGUCUCAACCGACACGCAUGCAACAGCGAAAAAUGGCAAAGCGAAGAAAGUGAAGAAGCGGGUGUCAUUUGCAGCUGAUGCAGAACCUCAACCCGAGUCAUCCGCCAUUCCCAGUGCCCAGAACGAUGACCCCAGUAAAGACCCUAUUUCUUCUAAGCCAAAGAAGGCGAAGAAGAAAGGAAAAUCUGGUUCAAAACUUCACCACGCCGGACUUGCAAAGACGAACCCUGCCCUGGAGUAUCUCGAUCAGUUUCACAGAGCACAUGCGAGCUGGAAAUUCAACAAGAACAAGGAGACUUGGCUACUGAAACAUAUGUUUUCAGAGCACGACAUCCCAGGAACAUACAACCUCGCCCUUGCAAAGUACAUACAUGGACUGAAAGGUUCCGGAGCAAGGGACAGACUGAAGACGCAAUGUGUAGAGCUGCUGAAGAAGGACGCCAAAGACGACACGAAGAACGGCUCAAAAGAUGGUAAACACUACCUUGGAGAUGGGAAUUUCCUGCCUCUACUAAAGAGAGACCUCGAAAUCGACCCAGAUGCUACCGAACCGCCAUCUGAAAACCAGAAAGACAAUGAAGAAUACCUUUCUUGGAUCAGGCAACAAUCACGCCCACGACUCUUGGUACGGAGCCUGGGUCUGGACCCAGAAGCCCUGCAUACGAGCGGAGAUGAGGGUCUCAACGGUGCCAGAGAGGCAGAUGCGACGCCAAAGAAAAAAACGAACAGGAAGAGUCGGACUACGGCCGUGGAAUAUUCGAGCUCCAGUUCGAGUUCGAGCAGCGAAAGUGACAGUGACAGUGACACUGAUGUCGAGAGCGAUGUCGAGGAAGCAAAGACAUCAAAGGCUGAGGAGGCUACGUCGAGUAGCGGAACUGACGACUCCAGCACCGAUUCGACCUCAGACUCAGACUCAGAUAGUACCUAGUAAACUCGCCUCAGAGAGUGAAUCUAUGCCAGCCACGAACAUUGUGGCACUAUUGUGGUAAUAUUGAUGAUGAGUGUAUUAGAUAAUCAAAUAGCGCGGAUCAAAGAGGCCUGACUGAAACUCCUAGUGUGUCUCAGCCUCUCAGGCCCAUUACUCCGUAGACGCUAGUUCAUUUCCCAAGGACCCUCCCGUGGCAAC